AUGGAUCAAUUCGAGAGGCUGCGGCCAGUUGCAUGCGAGGCGCUCAUUGCAGAGCAUCCAUCGCUGUCUGCCAUCCCGGUAGACGACGAUACGCAGCAGCCUUAUUUUGCACGGCUGCCCGAGGUCAAUCUGGACCAUGUUGUGUCCUUUACACAGCGCCAAGCAGACUUCCCAGGCGUUCAUCCCGGAAACAGUGAUCCAGCGCCGGACCUCGACCUACAGGCUCUGCUUGAAACUCAGCACAAUAUACCAUUUUCUGCCUCCAAUGCCUUCUGGAGGCUUUGCAUUCUUCUCAGCCCCGGGGCCAGUCACCGCUUCACUGCAGCCUUUGUAUUCCAUCAUGCCAUUGGCGACGGCAACUCGGGAAAAGCCUUCCACACAACCUUCGUGCGGGCACUGCACGCAGUGAUGUCCACUGAGACCAAGUCCCUGAUCAAGUCGCCCCAAACACCUCUCCUCCCCAAUAUUGAGGCUGUUCACCCACUUCCGCUGUCUUUCUUCUACCUGGCCAAAAAGGUCUUCCAGGCGAAGAUUUGGUCUGGGGGCAGGGAACCCGGUCUCUGGACCGGAUCCAAGAUCCAGCCGCCCUCGCCAACGCACCUACGCCUCGUUCCAUUCCCCAAGCAACUGGUUGAAUCAUUAAUCAAUCGCUGCCGCCAAGAGCGCACGACUAUCACUGCAGUCCUGCAAACAGUAGUAGCCCGAUCACUCUUCGCGAAUCUCCCCGCCGAGUUCUCACGACUCAACUGCUCCGGCGCCCUCUCGUGUCGGCGCUGGCUCCCAGACAUCAUCACCGAUGACUCAAUGGGCGUCUGGGUCCAGGACUACAGCGAGACCUAUUCCCGCGACAACCUCGCUCUUCCCUCCAACACAUCCUUCCCGUGGACAGAAGCGCAGCGGUCUCGCCAGACGAUCGAGGCUGCGCUGGCUCAGCAGGGUAGAGAUUGUGGCGUGAAUCUCUUGAAGUUCGUCAACGACUUCCAGCAAGAACUGUGUCUGUCGAAGCUUGGUGUAGAUCGCGACCAAAGCUUCGAGGUCUCUAAUAUCGGUGUUGUGCGCUCCGAGUCGGAUCCGUCGCGCCCAGAAAUUCGGGGGAUGGUUUUCUCUCAGUGUGCUGGUGUCAUUGGUAAUGCUGUUCAGGUGUCGGUUGCUACGGGUGGUGAUGGGUGUUUGGUGCUGGCCUUUUCGUGGCAGGAUGUUGUGGUUGAGGAUGAGCUGGUGGAUGCGGUUAUUGGGUCGGUUAAGGAUGAUCUUUGUCUGGUGGCUGGUUAUGAGUAA